AUGCAUUGCGACUUUGCUCCUCCUCCCCUGAACAUGCCCGCCCAGUCCCCGACCGCAUUGUCACCUCCGACUCCGACACCGAAGAGACGGGGCCGUCCACGUAAGAAUUGGGACGCGCUUCAUAAGCUCCCGACGCCGACCGGCUCGGACCCUGAAUCCGCCCGAACACCGCGCACCCCCGCCGCCGUAACCGCGACGAUCGAGCAGCCCCAGUUCCCGCUGUUGAAUCCUGACGAUCUCGAGCUGCUACACCAUUACAUGUGCCAUACGGCUAUCACGUUGGGCGAUUCGCGUGUGUGGCGAGAGCAUGUCCCACGACUCGGCUUUCAACACAACUAUGUUCUGCACAUGGUCCUGGCGAUAUCGGCGCAGCAUCUUGCAAGGCUGCGCCCAAGCCAGGCGAGCCGUUACGAAAGCUUGGCCGAACAGCACUCAACGAGUGCUUUGCCAGCUGUAACCAACAUCAUCCCAUGCCUGAGCAAGGAUAACUGUCAGGCCUUAUACCAUACCACAGUCCUAGUCUGCCUGUCAACAUUCGCGAAGAAGCCUACGCCAGGGCAUCUCCUUGUAGUUGCUGAGAACGACGAGGUGCCUUGGUGGGCGCUGCUUCGGGGCGUCCGCUUUGUCGUCCAGACAAUGGGGAUCCAUACCAUUAUAGCCGGAUGGGAAGAUGACGGCGUCACCUUCGAAGAUACUUGGACCCAGUGUCCUCCGUUACCCACCCCCGUGCAUAAGAUGGUGUACUGGGAGAAGCAUUUUGAAGAGCUGGCCGACCUUGUCGCCACCUCUCCGGAGAAUGACCGGGAAAUGUACACGAAACUACUCGCGUCUUUAGAGUCCUGUUUCAAGAGAACGUUCGGGACGGCCGAGGAGCCCAUACCACACAUUCAAGGGAAGCUUGAAAUCGUAAUGAGCUGGCUCUACAACAUGGAGGAUGAAUUUGUGGAACGCCUCAAGCAGAGACAUGUACUACCCAUCAUCUUGUUGGCACACUUCAACGUCCUCGUUCAGACGUUGGAACAUUUCUGGUUCAUGCAAGGGUGGUCAGAACACCUCAUGACCGGUUUGUUUCAAGCCCUUGACUCCCAGUAUGCCCACUGGCUUCAAUGGCCGGCAGAGCAGAUUAAACGCUCGAGCUCCAUGGACGGUGGGGUAUUGUCAGUCAAGAACAUCAUUGAUUGA